UUUGUUUUCCGGAGUGGACUGAUAUUGCAAAAAUGUUUAAGAUUAUUAUAUAUACUGUAAUGAGCCUAUUAAUGUUCAAAAGGAUCAGUUGCGAUGCAGAUCCUCACUUGUGCCAACAACACGUGGCUGUAAACUACACGGAGAUGAUAGCUAAGCCUAUGGAGGAAUAUGGAAACUUUGCGAAAUAUUUCUCAGAAUUGGGAAUACAAGCAGGGAAUAAAACUGUGACCAAAACCAGAAUAGAAGAUAAAUAUCUUUGUUGUCCUGGCUACAAAAAGUCUGCCGAUGGACUAUGUGUUCUCGAUCAAACCACAACUUCGACCACACAUUCGACAACAGAAGCACACGAUUUAACGGAAUCAACUAAAUUACCACAAAUGGAUUCAUCUAUAUCCAGCUCUAUAACAAAAGUGAAUAGCAGUCACAAAUCACUAAUUUUGGGUACAAUUUUAGGAGUUUGUGUUGUAAUAAUUAUCAUAGCUUCUGUGAUUACAUGGCAAAUUCGGAAGCGCAGAAAUAUGCCAGGUAACGAAAGCCGUCAAGUACAAUUUGAUGCUGAAAUGCAAAGAGCUCUAUUAUAAAACUUUUAAAAUUGGCUUUAAUGCAGAUAUACUUUUUUAUCUGUUCACAAACAAAGAAAUAUUUCUCAGAAUAAUAUUGACGACUAAAAACAGCCAUUUCUUGUGAAGCACCGUUCUUAUCACUUUUAAUUAACUGGAAAAGAGAUAUUAAUUUCACAAUAGUCGGAAACAAAGUUCAUUUUUCAUAUGAUAUAUACUUAUGGGAUGAUAAAAAACAAAGCUUUUGUUCACAAGCAAAGUCAGUUUAAAAGCCUACGCGCCAAAUCAAAAGAUAUUUAUUCUGAAUAAUGGUUGGUUCUUUUAUUUUAUUUUAUUGUUUAAACAUUCUAAUCCAAAGGAAAAAUAGUUUAUAUAAAUAUUAGAAUAAUAUAACAAUAUUAUUUUUUCGCAAUUUCUGAAGCACAUUGUGAAAUUAAAAAAACUGUAUAAAAUAUGAAAUAAUAAUAAAAAAAACUAUAAAUAAUUUAAGAGA